AUUCUUCAAUGAAACCUCGUUUUUACCAACCGAACGACCUAAAAUGUACUUGCGGAGAGCUCCCGAACUAAUCGGAUCUCUCGGUCUCGCACACGAAGAGAGAGCUGUAUGAGAAAGUGACAAUAGAAAUAGGCAAACCAUGAAGCGACGAUUUUUACUAGUCAAGCUAUAAUUAUGUAGUAAAAAAUAUUUUGAUCAGUGUUUUACAAUUUCUUUUCAAUAUGUCUUUCAUAAAUCAAUAACCGAGAAGUCGAGUUUGGCAAUAUUCAAAAUUAAAGAUAAAGCGUACAAAUAUCUCAGGAGCAACGUUUUUGUUUACUGAAACAUGUAAACAAUAACGAAAAAAAAGUUGAAUUGAGUGUAGCACAAUCGCCAUUACUACGAGCAUUAUUAAAUUAACGGUGCGGGGUGUUUGACUGUGCCAAUGCGUAAUAUGUCAAGGAGCAUCUCUUCUUGAAGGUUUGCUAAUUUAUUUAUAAAAAGAACGUAAUUUUCUUUCAAUUUUGGCGGGAGUCCUGGCACGUAUCGCGGUUGCCGAAUGGCGAUCUGUCACCUGUCGCCGCCUGGCCUCGUCGAAGCCGAUAUAAGUUCAUGUUUCAGUGGUUCUCUGUAAAAUUAGCAGUGCAAUAGUGAAAUUCCUGGUGCGCAAUCAAUGUGGACAUUCGACGAUGCGUCGCGAUUAGGCGGGUCGGAUAUGGAUAGUAGGCGAGCGUGCCCAAGCUACGAAGCCGGGUUCGACGCGUGCGAUCCCUUGGGGUCUGUGCUGGAUUGGUCUGGUCGGGAGCCAGCGCGCAUACUGCGGCGCCGCUGCCGCAGCGAAGGCGUGGACCGCUCGCCGUACGAGGAUGUGAGUCGCGAGGCGAACCGCUACGCGGAUGGUAACUCUCGUCAUCAUCGAGCCCUGCCCAACAAGAGCCACUUCACACUGAACAACAGCGAGCCGCACUACAUAAACACCAGGUUCCGACACGAGUGCUCGCUGCCUGCCGCCGAGAACGGCGAUUACGUCAUGGCCCACGAACAGGACAGGUACCAAGGUUACCAGCCAGGAAGAUCAAAAUUCUACAGAACAAGCCCUACCAGACAUAUGCUAGUUACAACCUUAUCCAACACUAAAGUAGAUGACCGUUUGCCCAAAGUAGAAGAAUUACUGGAAAAAGUUGACCAUGAGAUGAUGGACAUACAUGCAGCAAAACAACCUUUGAAAUCAAUACUCAACAACCCUUUACCUAGCUCUCCACUCCACGGUAUAUUAAAGAAACCUAAGAAUAGAGCGCACCCAGAGAAUAAAACUACCGUAGAAGGUCGCAGAAGACAAAGAGCGUCCAGUGAGUCAGACAACUUAUAUGGCACUUUCAAUUUAGGAUCUCCAAUACCAGGAUAUGACAACCGCCUUUCCUACUUAUCAAGCAACAUGAAGCGUGCUAAAGACAACUCUGGUAUUGGAUACUCAUAUGGAUCAGCAAUCGCAAGUCUUAGCCAUAAUGUAUGUAAAAGUCCAGCAAAGAGUCCCAACAGUCCGUCUAGCAAGCACACUCGAUGUAUCUGUAAAGAUCAAGUCAUUGUUAUGAAGGAUGACAGACAUGACAUGCAUUUGUUGAGGACUACAGCCAUUAAUAGCGAUACUGUUAAUCUGGAACCAAUGAUGGAUGUGCUACCUUUCCCUAUGCAGUCACGCCAAGACACGCCCACGCCCACCUGCCCAGCGGUGAGCCCGGCUCUCCCAGUGAGCUCGAUCACCAACAUACCAGUUGCGAAAAAAGCUGUUAAGACCAAAAAGAAGGUAAAACCGAAGUCCAAAGUCGCUAAGAUGAAGACCGGAAGCAAGACCGAUUGCUGCCUACUCGAGUUAGAGGCUGAAGACGCACACAGUAGAUCACCAUCACCAGACACACUUACAGACUCGUGGCAGAUGGAAACGGACGCGGCGUUAGCAGAGAUACAGGGGGACAAGCCGGCGCUGCCCAACCAGCUCAAGAAGGACGACGAAAAGGCGGAGGUCGCUCUCGUUACUAAGCUGUCAACCAAGCUCAAUGGAACCGUGGUUACGCCGAAGAAGGCUGCUUCUAAAGAUAAAAUGAGCAAGGAGCAAAUGUUUUUGACAGCUUUGCACACGACGAGCCCGUUCAAAUCAAUGCCGUCACGCAAAGAAUCUCCACUCUGCCUUCCGGAAUCAAUAACAAGUUGUCUCCGUGUAUCUCUGUUUCCCCGCGUGCCUCCAUACCUAAAGUUCGUUGGCCACGAAGACACGCCCAUCCUGAAGAUACCCCUACCGAUACAGAAGCACCUCAAAUGGAAACUCACUGCCAUCACGCCUAUAGUUGUUAAGAAAACGUUGACGAACUCUGGAUUUAGAUUAGUUAAGAGCGAGUGUGAUACUGCUGAAUGUCCGCAAGAAGAAACAAUAGAAUGGAUAGGCAUAUGGGGCAAACAUAUGAAAUCAAUAAUGUUUAGAGCGAUAAAAGACGGGCAGAAGAUGAAUCACUUCCCGGGCACUUUUCAAAUCGGCAGAAAAGACAGAUUAUGGAGGAAUCUACAGAAGCUGGUGUCAAAGUAUGGUGUUGCCGAGUUCGGUAUUAUGCCCAAGACGUAUGUACUGCCUCAUGACAUGAAGCUCCUUAAACACGACUGGGAGAAGUAUGCCGCUAAUAAUGAACGGUGGAUUAUUAAACCGCCGGCGUCGGCUCGCGGGACAGGCAUAAAGGUAGUAUCAAAAUGGACCCAAAUACCUAAGAAGCGACCCGUAGUGGUACAGCGCUACGUAUCCAAACCCUACCUCAUCAACGGCAACAAGUUCGAUCUCAGACUGUACGUACUGGUCACGUCGGUGCAUCCGCUCAGGAUAUAUCUGUAUAAAGACGGGCUGGCCAGGUUUGCCUCAGUAAAGUACAAUGACGAGCUGGCGUCAUUGAACGAUAGAUAUAUGCACCUGACGAAUUACUCAAUUAAUAGAUUAUCUAAGAAUUACACUCCUAAUGAAGACUUUGCUGCAUGCGAAGGACAUAAAUGGACACUUCAAACCCUAUUCCAAUACUUGAAGUCGGAGAAGCGCGUCGACACGGACCAGCUGUGGGACGCGAUGAAGGAUCUCGUCAUCAAGACCAUCAUAUCGGGCGAGGCCAGCAUCAGCUCGCUCACCAAGGCUAACAUCACAUCCAGAUACAACUGUUACGAGCUGUUCGGGAUCGAUGUGCUGUUAGAUGAAGAUCUGAAGCCUUGGUUGUUGGAGGUGAACAUCUCCCCCAGCCUGCACAGCGCGUCGCCGCUGGACAUCCACGUGAAGGGCCCGCUCGUCACCACCGUGCUCAACAUCGCGCAGUUCCAGGUGCCCGUCAAGACCAACCUCGAGAUGCUGUCCAAGGACAAGCCGCAUAAGAUGGCGGGAUUACCGUACGACAGCCGGUUGUACACAGUGUACUUGUCAAAAGAAGAGCGAGACAAACAUAUAAUCUACACUAACAUGGAAGAUCGUGAUAUGUACCUGCGCGACAUCCUGUCGACGCUGACGUCGGACGACGUGCGGCACCUGAUCCAGGCGGAGGACGAGCUGACGCAGGCGGGCGACAUGCAGCGCAUCUUCCCGGGCCCGCACACGCACAAGUACCUGGCCUACCUGGCCGGCCCCAGAUACUACAACCGCCUGUUCGACGCCUGGGAGACGCGCUACGGGAACAACAGGGAGCCCGGUCUGGAGCUGCUGCGCAACCUGUGCGACAUCGGCUACCACCUGGAGGUCCCGCCCGUGCCGCUCAAGCCGGCGGCGCCGCUGAGCGCGUUGGAUGGUUGCAGAAUGAUGUGGACGCGCCGUCGCCGGCCGCGUCGGAGCGCGCCUCCGUGCCCAGCCUGGCGUCGCUGGAGCAGCCCGCGAGCGCCGCCAGCGCGCCGCCGCCCGGCCCCGCGCCCGGCCCCGCGCCCGCCGGGACCCUCUAGCGCCGCGCCCCGACCACGUGCACCAAAUUGAACAGUGACUGACCCCAGUGAAAGCUAUGCCGAGCUUAUUUCGAAGAUUAUUAUCGUAAUAGUAGCCGUUUUAGCGUUAACCCGAUGUGAUUCGACAACUUUGACCCUGUCGCCCACGGCGUUUGUCGUACUCAUCAUUUUUCCGUGUUCGACGCGAGCUCGCCUGGUGGCCGACGGUCAGUUCAGAGUUGUCGACUGAUAUGUAUAAUUCUCCCGUCUUUGUCAUCGCAUUCUUGACUCUAUAUUACGCGAAUCACAUUCCUGCUCACGACCUUUUCACUCCUUCAAAGUAUUUAAUACUAAAAAAAUAUUAAGUUUUAAAAAUCUAUAAAUAUAGUAAAACUUCGUGUGAACGUUUAGACAGGAGUGAUAACGAUAUUGGUGUUCAAAAUUAAUGUAAACCCGUGAAAUGUAGGCAUUUAGUUGGCUAAUGUUUACGUAAUAUUUGUUUUAAGGAAUAGAUGGAGACCUGUAGUGUAGGCUCGAUGGUUCAAAUGUCUACAUAAGUGGGUGAAAUUGUAUGUGGAGAAAAAUAAAAAUAUUUGUAAGAAAAUGUAGCCUUAUCACCUAUUUGUUUUAGGAUGAUUGAAAUAAAAUUUCUGACAUGCUUAUUCAGUACAAUUGUAUUGUUCAUGCAACAUAUUCGCGGUAGCUAUACUGAAUAACAUUUAUUCGAACCGCAACAUGUCAUUCUCAAUAUUGGAGUUCUACAUGAUAGCCAAAGCGUUCAGAAACUAUAUUUUAGUCAGUAUUCCGAGACUGAUAGAAAUCUUAGUGUUAAAUAAUAUUUUAGUUUUGUUUUAAUAAACUAUUGUGAAUGUUCUAUCAGUCUGUGUACGCACAGGUAAACAAAUAAAAGAAUUUAGGAUUUUGGUUCUGAUGAUGUUAUGAUAAGUUAUUUUGAAAUGCUAUCAAUGAUCUGCUCUAAAAGCUUUACCUGCGUGUAUAUAGUAUAUAUUUUAAUUAGUGACUUGAUUUCCUUACAAACUAAAAAAAAAGAAAACUCGAGAUUCUAAACGUAAAUAAUUUAGGUAAUUUCCAAAUUACAAUGUGUUCAUUGUAUACCUAGAGUUUGCUAGUUUAGCGCGUAUUGAGCUCGUGAUGUCGUCGAGUCGUGUUCAAAAAAGAAUCGAUAAAAAUCGAUGUAUAUAAUCUUAUUAAGUAUAAUCGAUUCGUAAGUAGAUCGAUCAUGUUUCAUUCCUUUUUAUGAAAGUUAAUAAUAAUCUCUUUGACAAUUAUGAAACAUAAUUUUACGAGUGUAUUUUUUGGAAAGCGAAAAUUUGUUGUUUCUUAUGAAUCACAAAUCCAAGUUUAUUGUAAUUAUUAAAUUAUUUUUCAGUGUAACAAUAAAUCGGUUGACACGUCACAUUAUUUUGAUUGCGAUUACCCUGCGUUGAAUGUAGUUUUUUUUUUAUUAUUUUAUACAUAUGAAGUCGUUUCUUUUUUAAAAUUGUAUUUAAUUUUUUACUCUAUAAUUUGUACGCUCAGACAAAUACAACCGAAUGUGACAUUGUU